CUGACGAGGAACACCAGCAAAAUGUGGCGGCAGCAGCAGCAGUGGUCAGGCCUCGACCCCUCGCUGAAGAGCGGGGAGAUGGGAUGCCACGGCGCCGGAGGAACAUGGGAAACCGGAUGAUGGCCCAGAGGAGAGCGCAGCAGGCGGAAGACUGGGUGGAAGAGGAAGAUGAUGCUGAGGAGGUGCCAGAAUUUCAGGUGUCUGGGAAAAUUGGAGCAAAGAAGCAGAGGAAAUUAGAAGAGAAGCAAGCUAGAAAAGCACAGAGAGAGGCUGAAGAAGCAGAGCGAGAAGAACGGAAAAAACUUGAGUCAAAAAGAGAGGAGGAAAGGCGGAAAGAAGAGGAGAGAAUACGUCUCGAGGAAGAACGACAGGAAGAGGAAAAAAGGAAGGCAAAGGAAGAAGAGGAGAAGAGAGAGUAUGAAGAAUACUUGAAGCUGAAGGAGAGUUUUGUAGUUGAAGAGGAAGGAGUUGAAGAAUCAAUGACAGAGGAAGAGUCCCGCAGCUUUCUAAUGGAAUUUCUGGAAUAUGUUAAGAAAACAAAGGUAAUCCAGCUGGAGGACUUGGCUUCACAUUUGGGUUUAAGAACACAAGAUGCAAUUAACAGAAUCCAGGACCUGAUGGCAGAUGGCACUCUAACAGGUGUGAUUGAUGACAGAGGAAAGUUCAUCUACAUCACUCCAGAGGAGAUGGCUGCCGUGGCUCAGUACAUCAAACAGAGAGGACGAGUCUCCAUCGCAGAGCUGGCCCAAGCAAGCAAUUCCCUCAUCAACCUCCAACCUGACAGCCGAGCUGUUGCUCCAACUGUGGCAUGAAAUUGCGGUGUGUGAAAAAUACAGCAGGAGUUUAAUCUUUGUUUGAAUAAACCGCAUAAUUAAAACCAAACAAGAACCCUUUUAGUCCAUAUCCGAUGCUUGAAGAUAGGAUGCUCUUUUUAAGCAUCACCUG